AGCGCAGCAGCAGCCAGGGUUACGAAUGCAUGACAAAAUGUGAAUAUUAAUGUGUUGUAAGACACAGAAUUUUCCGUAAAUUGAGAUACUGAAGUGCAGCCGGACAAAUGAGUGUGCGGGCUUUGUGGAUCAUUUCUCAGGAGAAGGGAGAAAAUGUGUCAAUCCGCUUUUCAAGGAGGUUUUCUACUGUGGAGCACCGUGCAAAGAGCCUGGCUGGCUCCUCCUAUGUAGCAGUCCCAGAAGAAAGCACUGUGCUGCAGCUCUUGCUCACUGAGCUGGGGCUUUCAGACUCACACAAGUCAUAUGUAGCACUGAGAGAUGAUUGCCUUCACCGCCAGCGGUCACCAGCUCUGGAGCUGUGUGUGGACGGUCCUGGAAAGGGAUUACUUUGGCCAGUAUUGACCAUUUCUCAAGGGUCUCUUAUCCUAGCCUGCCUACCUUUAGUGGAUGCCCCUGCUGAGCCACGGCCACCUCUGGCCAGCCUGCUGUCAGUUUCCCAGGGCCUCACGCUCCUGGCAGGCUUACAGACUUUUCUCCUCGGAUCUGGGAGUAAGCCUGAUAAUGAGGGGCUGGCCUCUCGCCUGGCAACACUGCCCUCCAUGCUCCUGCAGAUUUGUCCACUGGGCACACCACUGGAUGUGCCACUACUGGGGGCACCAGUUACAUAUACAGCACCCAUGCCUACUGGGAACCAGAAGCAGCCAGCCUGGAAGACGGGGCUACACCGGGGUCGGGCUGUAGUGAACGUAGCACUGAUAGAGACAGUACGCUCCAUGCAGUAUGGUAACCGGAGUAGACAGGACCUGUGGGAUGUGUAUGGCACUGUGACAUGCAAAUGUGAAGUGGAGGGAGUACUCCCAAAUGUGACAGUGACCCUCACUCUGCCACCAAAUGGUUCUCCACUGCAGGACAUCCUGGUCCAUCCCUGUGUCACCUCACUGGACUCCAGUAUCCUGACUGCCAGCAGCAUUGAUAACUGUGAUGGCUCAGCUUUCUCUGGGCCGUACAAGUUCCCAUUCUCUCCUCCUCUGGAGCCUUUCAGAUUAUGCAGCUAUACAUCUCAGGUCCCUGUUCCCCCCAUCCUUGGGUCAUAUCAGCUGAAGGAAGAAGACAACCAGCUUCGUUUGUCUGUAAAUCUCAAACUUCAUGAGAGUGUAAAGAAUAGCUUUGAGUACUGUGAAGCACGUCUGCCUUUCUUUAACAGGGAUCAAAUGGGUGUUGUGGAUGUGAAGGUGAGUUCUGGACAACUAGAUGUUUCAAAGGAGAAGAACCUACUGGUGUGGGUCCUUGGACAAAAGUUCCCUAAAUCUCGUGAAGUAACAAUGGAAGGCAGGAUCAGCUUUUCAGGGCCGGCACCAGGACCUACUGACCCCCUCUGCACAGACCUCACAGCCUACAUUAAAUUGUAUUUCAAAGUGCCUGACAUGACGUUGUCUGGAUGCUGUGUGGAUCAACAUUUAGUGCAAGUUUAUUCCUCUGCCAAAUCACGGAUUGUAACAUCCCGAGAACUUCAAUCCAAAGAGUACUUCAUAUGGAAUUCAACAGGCACUGCUCCAGUCUCGUCAGGACAGAUGAUGCUGUAGCAUGAAGAGGAGUGCAGUUGGGACAGUUUGGGACUAAAGAGGCUGUAACCAAUAUGAUACAGUGGUCCAGAUCUGAUAUUUGACCCCAUGAAAUUAUUCUAUGACUUUUCCGUUGUUACUGGAGAGCUCACAAAUGAUUAAAAAUGUUGUCUUUUUCUAAAUGGUUUGUAGAUUUCACAGCAAUUUGCGAUAAAACAAGAACUGAUGGCAAAGUGGUCCUGUUGGCCCCAAUAUGUUAUUAACAUUCACUUGUAAAAUACUAGAAUAAUUUAGCCUUCACUCAGCACAGAUCACUGCACAAAGUUCAAUGAAGUAGUUUGAGUUUUGUUAAUGGAUAGCUACAACAAGAAUACCUGCCCCUGUAGUCCAAUCUCUAUUAUCCCCCAGCCUUCACCCUCCCCUCAAAUUUAUCCCAUUGCAGACACAAGGGCCACCCCUCGCUCUGACAGUCCCACUUCAGUGACUCUCCAUCAGCCGGAUAAUUAGCAGCUGGGGCCUUGUCAUCAGCUGUUGUGGGCCUGGAGAAGAGGGGUGUCUGAGCUGUGAAAGGCCAGACUGCUCUGGCCAGUGUCUUGGCUACAAAAGGCUCCUCUUUAGAGCUGGCAGGAGUCCUAGCUUCCCCCUCUCCCACCACCAUCACUUACACCCACCCCUUUUGACCUCGUCCCCGCCCUGUCAACUAGUGGGUAGUUCGAACUCUCAACCUCUCCAACCAGACUGUGAUUGAGCACUGACCCUCAGAGACUUUAAAGCAGCCGGUCCCAUUCAGCUUGCAGGACCUGCCUAAUUGGUGAAAAAGUCACAAGGAUGGUAAUUGUUGGGUCGCCUCUUGAGGUUGCAUAGGUGCUUUAACUCAAUUAAUGUAGAACUUUAAGUGUAUGUUUUUGAUCUUUAUUGUUGUUACACAAUUGUCAGGUUAGACUCCCCUUUAUAGUCAAUACAAUAUAGUCAAAUCAUUUGAAAAGUUUCAGAUGUCUGAACUAUGACGAAGUACAUAUAAUAACUCUGUUACAUUUUUACUAUAAAAGCAACGCCUCAGUGUAUUAUGUUGAAUGAAUAACCAGCUGAUGAAGGGUUAAAUCAGAGGAGAUUGUGCCCCACUAUUCCACAGCAGCCAGACUCCUCUGAGUGCCCUCAUUGUCUGCUGUUGGCCUCUUGUGCCCCUUGCUGGUCCAAAUGGUACAUUCUCACGUGGAUUUCCACUCAGAAGGCUGACCAUGACCAAUCCUCUGUCAAUUGGAACCAAUUGCUCACACGGCAUCCUUCACCUUCUUUCUAUGUAGCUGUACGGAGUGGCAGACACCGAGACCUCUCGGCUCUCCCCCUCCACGAUGAUUUGGCUUUAGGUCCCAGUGUGUGUGGCUAGCGAACUGGAAAAGGAGAAGUUUUUGAAGAGUUGGGCCACUCUAAAUCUCUUCAGUAUCCCAAUAUGUGGUCAGUCUGGCUCCUCAAGUCUGCAGUCACCGGCCUCUCACUGGCAGACUUUGCUUUGUUGAUUGAAUGGCUUGCUAAGAAGAUGGACUCGUUUUAAUGUGUUGCUCUACUCCAGUGCCUUCAGGCCAUACCUCAGGGUAUUUAAUUCUGUUGUGUAUUUAAAAAUCAUUCAUUUAU